CCCCAAUACCCUUUUCAAGAUCACAACACUUCACUCAUUCAUAUUUUUCUUCUUCAUCAUCACCAUAACAAGCAAUGGCUGGGAUUGAAGAUGAUCAAAUCAUCCAACAAAAUGGAUCAUCAACACAGUUUCAAUGGGCUUUUGGUGAAGUUAAAAACAAUGUUACAUAUGAAUAUGACUCUGAUUUUGUCGAAGAAUGUUCGGAUGAUUCCUUAGUCACAUUGUCUUCCUCUGAAAUAGCCGAUGAUGCCACGUCACCUUCUUCGGCUUCUUCAAUGCUGUUUAAUAGUGAUGAUGGUCCAUUGUAUGAGUUAUCUGAACUCAUGGCUCAGCUACCUCUAAAGAGGGGUUUGUCAAAGUUCUACCAUGGAAAGUCUGAGUCAUUUGGAUCACUUGCAAAUUUAAACAACAUUCAAGAUCUUGCAAAGAGGGGAGGUCAGAGAUCAAGAAGGUCAAAUUGUAAAAGUCAAAGUCAAAUGUUGAGUCCAAAGGGUACAAUUGUCAAAAACAAGAAGGGUUGUUGUUCAUCUUCUCUUGCUAGGAGUUGUUUAGUUUCUUCCCUUGGAGAAAUGAGUUCGAUCUUGGACACAAUUGUUGUGGAUUAACGAUUUUGAUGAAUUUUCAUUUGUUUAUAUUAUAUUUAGUUUCUUAUUUUA